GGUCAACUACUUGAACUUCAAACACUCAUCAAAAUGUGACAAAGGUAGCGUCAUAUCACGUGAGCUAGAUUUCAUUGGCCACAACCUUUUCCCUAAUCAAAUGCAAUCGUGUAUAUCCAAAAAAUGCUAUAAUUUUUUAGCAAACAAACUUUUUCAAAAUGCCAAGCUAAAGAAAAUUUUCUUUCCAGGGACUUAAAUCAAAACCGUGACUUCGUUUGUUUACUUAAGUUAACAUCGUAAAUGAUUGGAAUUAAUUCUGCGGCAGGGGUUUUGUUUCAGUAAAAAAAAUUAUCCUACCACAUGGAGUUAUUUUCCAAGGCAAAUUUCCAAGGCAAAUUUAAUUGAGAGCAAGGCAAAGGAUAUGCAAUACAGUAAAUGAUCUAAAAUGUAGCCGAUAAUAUAAAGUGACAAUUGCCGAUAGCAACUGAGUAGCAAAUGCUUUAUUUACUAACAAUACUUCCGGGUGUAAGUAAUCAUGCUUGCCCGGCUUACUUGCAUGGUUCAAAAACUCGCAAUCACAAGAUUGGCCCAUUGGCUUCCACGAUUGGGUAAUUCAACCCCAUUGAUGAAAAAGCAAAAAUAUUUAACUGUUUUAUCCGGAACUCGAAGGAAUGUUUGAGCAGCCAAGAAUUAUAUGUAUCAGUACCAGCAGACCUUUCUCUUUGCUCAGUAUUUUUGAACCGGUUAGGUGAUGCGUGAACGAUUAGCGACGCCCCGGUUGUUAUUUGAGCCCAAAUGUUAAGCAGGUCCGGGGCCACUCAACCAGGUGAUUGUGCAGUGAAGUAUGAAAACUUGCAUUCAGUUGACAGCUUAAAUAAUAUCCAACUUUGCUGCGAAGAUUAUUUUGCAGAUUUGCAAAUUACUUCUUUGCGGCUGUAUACGUGAAGAAAGAAAAACUUAAAAGAGGAUUUUAAGUCAGUCAUUGCAAGGGUCAAGGUGGAUGAACAGCCAAAAAAUCAGCUUCAAAAGUGGUUCUGACAUCAUCAAAAGAGAGGCCUUUCCACCAAUCAAAGGUCGCACCCAGGGUUCGCAUGAAUAGCUGCAAAUGCCAAUUGAUAGUUAAUAAUGCAGGUCUUUUGAAUGUCGCCAUACGCCAAAUCCUGAAUCUUUUACAAUAGAAUAUUUGUACCGACCGUAAUACCUCGCUUUAGUUUUAGUUUAGAAUAUGGAUUGCUUGUAGCUCGCACUGCACCAAUGCACCUGAGUCUGCUAGUGGAAAUAUAGCACAACGGACAAAUAUACAUGAUGCAACGAAUCUGAAUCAACAGCACCUAGGUUUAUGGAAAAUUGGAUAGAAAUUGCACUCAUAGCAUAUAAGACUUAGCAUAUUAUGCCUAGAUCGUUUUUACUGAAACAAUACUUUAGAAGAAAAUACUACUGGUUGAUUGAUGAUACCUAUGAUGAAGACGAAGAAAGCGAAGCAGAUAGUGUCAUUUCAAAUUUUGCUUAUGGAAGUCGAGACAUAGGUCCAUUUACAAGCGCAUCACCUCAUCCUGCAGUAGAAAAUUAUAAUUGGAAUUAUGAAGAUGAGAAGUCGUAUUGGUUUGAGUUAAAUGGCCAGACGGAUAAAGAACGUAUUGAUAGCGGAACCAAGCAUGGCUUUGAACAAGGUGGAAGGGAACCAAUUGCAGGUUCUACAACCAAACAGCUUCCAAACAAAAGUGAUUCCGCUCCAGAGUUGCAAACAUCAGAUAACUUAUCGCAAAGCAAUUUAGAUGAAAAGUUAAACCAAAUGUUGCAGGAAAAUCCAGACAUUGUAAAAAGGAACAUAAAGCAGUUUUUAGAGAAUAAUAGAAUACUUUUGACGGAAAUUUCUGUUGAAAUUGGCAUCAAAGAAGAAAAUCUGAAGUCGUACAUCGAUGGCAACGAGCCAUUUACAAAAGAACAGAGAGAAGAGUUUUAUAAAUGGUAUCUUAUGAAAAUUCUUAGGCCACCAAGUGGAUUAGAUGAAAAGAGCUAUACAUGUUACAAAUGCGGAAAGAUUUUUGCUUAUGAGAGCUAUCUUGAGAGGCAUAUUAAAUAUGUGUGUCCAGAUAAUACUGGCAGAACGUGGAAGUGCUCUUACUGUGGAAAAGCAUUUCAGUAUCCAUGCUACUUGAAACGUCAUAUCAGAUCCCACACAGGUGAAUCGCCUUACAAAUGCGACCAGUGUGAUCGGGCGUUCGUUCGGUCAACAGACCUUCAACGGCAUAUAAGGAACCAUACUGGUGAAAAGCCGUACAAGUGCUCAGAAUGUGAACGUGCCUUUGCUAGAUCAACAGACCUAAAACGGCACAUGCGCACUCAUACUGGCGAGAAGCCUUACAAAUGCUGGCAAUGCGGAAAGACCUUUUCACAGUCUGGCAGUCUUCAAACACAUCUCCAUACCCACAACAAAGAGAGCAAUGGCGGAAGAAAACUUGCUAAAGGCUCUAAAUGAGAUUUGAUCGGCAUCUGCAUAGCAAUAAGCAGCAAUUCGUACCAUCUUGCAAAAGAAAUCCUUUAAGAGCAUCAGUUUUCUGCUUUGUUUUCUACUGAUGACAACAUUCUUCAAAGAAGUUGGUAGGAAGAACUGGCAAUGAACUGUCACCGCAAGAUUCAGAUAUGUUUUCCCCACUAUAUUUAGUUUAACCAUCAUGAUGGUUCAGUGUUACAUUUUUUUUAGUGUCAAUAAACGUUAAAUAUACGUUUCGUAUCGUAAUACAAAUUUAUACAAUGUUUUUUAUAAUCAAAGUCUAGAUAUGAUAUAUUUGCUUAUAGUUUCAGGGUAUAGGUUAUUGCGUAUUAGAAUGAUACUGCUAGAGUAUUAUUACUUUUGCAGCUAUUUGCUUCGAAGUAAAUCCUGAAUAAUCCAUCUGUCACAAAGCCACUUUUGCCAUGCUUGUAUCAUGAAAAAGGAAUAUAGUUGCAGAUUUUCGCUUUUUUAAAUAGUUUGAUAUAGUUAGUUAUCAUGAAUUUUAAGACAUUGUAGUUCAAAAAAGAAAUCCAAUUUUUUUGCUUAAAAUGUAAAUGUGUAAAUAUGUUUUAUUUUGGAUUAUGGAAUGAUAGCUAUUUUGUUCCAAAAAUUUUUCAUCCUUAAUCUUUCAUAUUGUGAAUUGUACAGUUUUAAAUGAAAAUAUUUUGU